AUGUCUCGACCAUCGAGUCCCACACCUUCAGAAACGUCAGCGCUACCAGUCGAUUCUACCAAGUCGACAAUAGUAGACGAGGAAGCGGUAACGCCACCCGAGGAACAACCACCACCUCCGCGAUACUCAGUAUAUACGACAUGGGAGAAACGAUUCAUCGUGCUAGGAGCCUCUUUGGCUGCCUUCUUCUCGCCUUUCACUGCGCAGAUUUACCUUCCCGCUCUGACGGUUCUUGCCAACGAGUUUAAAGUGUCCGACUCGGACAUGAAUCUCACCUUGACGACUUACAUGAUCUUCCAGGGAAUCGUGCCCAUGUUCAUCGGCUCGCUGGCCGAUCAGAGCGGAAGACGCCCUGCCUAUGUCAUUUGCUUCGUCGUCUACAUCGCGGCCAACAUUGGUCUGGCACUCUCGCAGAACUACGCCUCCUUGCUCGUCGUUCGCUGCAUACAGUCUGCCGGUUCCAGCAGCACCGUCGCCUUGGCGUCAGCGGUCGUUGCAGACAGCAUCACGUCGGCCGAGAGGGGGCAGUACGUUGGCCUUACUGUCGUACCCAUCGUUCUGGCGCCAGCACUCGGGCCGGUUCUCGGUGGUGUUCUGGCAGAAUACCUAGGCUGGAGGUCCAUCUUCUGGUUUCUUACCAUCUUGGCCGGCGUUUUCUUCAUCAUCCUUCUCCUCUUCUUCCCAGAGACAUGCCGGAGAAUCGUAGACGAUGGCUCCGUGCGGCCUCCGCGGUUGUAUCGAACCGGCUUCCAGCUCAUCAAAGACUACUACAGAGCCAAAAAGGGAAACGGGGCACCAGUGACGAGGCAGACGACAGGAGCAUCAAACACUGCCAAACCAACUCUCAAGUUCAAACUGAACCCUUUCGAGUCACUUCGCUUACUGUUUGAGAGAGAACUCGGGCUACUCCUCGGGUUCAGCGCCAUUGUCUUUGCCGGUUUCUACGCCAUCGCCGCAUCCAUGCCGACCCAAAUCCAGGGAAUUUACGGUUUCGACAGCCUCAAGGUCGGUCUCAUGUACCUACCCAUGGCUGGCGGCUCCGUCGUCGCCGCCUUCUUGGUAGGGCCCUUGAUCAACUGGAACUACCGUCGGCACUGCAAGCACCUGGGAAUUCCCUACGACAAGUCUCGCCAGCAAGACCUGACCGGGUUUCCCAUUGAGAAAGCACGCCUUGAAAUCGGUCUGCCACUGCUGUAUCUCAGUUCGGUUCUGCUGCUCGUCUGGGGCUGGGCUCUGCACCUCCGCGCGCCUGUGGCUGUCCCGUGCGUGCUGCUUUUCCUUUUCGGAGUUGGCAUGAUCGGUUUCAACAACACCACCAACACGCUCAUCAUCGACAUUCACCCUGGCAAAGCCGGGACUGCGACGGCGGCGAAUAACUUUACGAGGUGUCUCCUUGGUGCGGCGGCGACUGCUGCCAUCAUUCCCAUGAUUAACGGAAUGGGCGUUGGCUGGGCCUUUACGCUUUUGGCCCUUCUUUACAUUGUUUUCAGCCCGGCAUUAUUGGCCAUCAUGUACUGGGGUGUGAAGUGGCGCCAAAACGCAAAGAACAAGGAGCUGGAGAAGAAGCAGAAGAGCGCAGGAUGA